AAGAGGUGCAGAAUAGCUCCAGCAGCGAUAUCAAGCGCUUUUCUGGCAGGAUGACGCCGUCUGAGGUGCCCCUAAUGGUUCUGCAGAAAGCGACAACAAUGUCACGUUCUGGAUGGCCUAUAAUCAGAGACUACGAAAUAGCAACACUUUUUCGCUCUAUAUCAGACUUCGUCAAAUCGCGGUACUUUUCCAACACGAUAGCGGCGUUUGAGGGGCCCCUAGGGGCUCAGCGGAGUUUAAGCAGGAUGUAAAGAACUCGGUAAUUUACGGCACUUUUCCAGCAAGAC